AUUCCGUCUUCUUUUGUAGACAAACCAGUCACCUUGAUUAUUUUUUUCAGUUUCAAUUUGCUACUUUUAAUUUUGUUUGAAAACGAAAGGCGUAGAACCUGAAAAUGCAAAAGGAGUCAAACUUUGGAAGAAAAAAAAUCAUCUAUUAUAUAAUACGCCAUUUUAUCCCCUCUCAUCUCAUCAUCUGCAUAAAUAAGUGGAGACUCACAUCGCCAUCGCCGCCUACACACUCCUCCUCCUCCUCCUCGCCGAUAACGAUGGCAAUCGCCGCCGCCGUCGCCGCCGCCAUGGCGGGGCCUCGCCGGCGCAGGAUGCUGCUCCUAAUGGCGAACUACGCGGCGCUGCUGGUGGGGUCGGUGGCGUCGAGCCUGCUGUCGAGGUUCUACUUCACGCACGGCGGGCGGAACCGGUGGGUGGUGACGCUGGUGCAGUCGGCGGGGUUCCCGCUGCUGGUCGCCGGCGCGCUCGCCGGCGGCCGGCCGGCGUCGGCGCCGCGGCCGUUCACGUGGCUGUCGCGGCGGUUCCUCGCCGUCUGCCUCGUCAUCGGCGCCCUGAUGGGGGCCAACAACCUGCUCUUCGCGUACAGCACGUCGCUCCUCCCCGUGUCGACGUCGUCGCUGCUGCUGUCGACGCAGCUCGCGUUCACGCUGGUGCUCGCCGUCGUCAUCGUCCGCCACCCGGUCACCUUCGUGAACCUCAAUGCCGUCGUGCUGCUGACGCUCAGCUCGGUGCUCCUCGCGCUCCGGUCGGGGGACUCCGGUGAGACGGCGGAGGGCGGCGUCGGCGGCGGCGGCAGGAAGAGCUACCUCGUCGGGUUCGUCGUCACGCUGGGCGCCGCGGGGCUCUUCUCGGCGUACCUGCCGGUGAUGGAGCUGGUGUACCGCGAGGCCGUCUCCGGGGGGUUCGUCCUGGCCGUGGAGGUGCAGGCGGUGAUGCAGGCGAUGGCGUCGCUCAUCGCGGCGGUGGGGCUGGCGGCGUCGGGCGGCGUGGCGGACGACGUGUCCGGCUGGGUGGACGGCGGGUCCUCGCCGGCGGUGUACUGGGCGGUGGUGGCGACGCUGGUGCUGACGUGGCAGGCGUGCUUCAUGGGCACCGCCGGCGUGAUCUACCUCACCUCGUCGCUCCACAGCGGCGUCUGCAUGGCCGCCGUGCUCACCCUCAACGUACUCGGCGGCGUCGCCGUGUUCGGCGACCCGUUCGGCGCGGAGAAGGCCCUCGCCACCGCGCUCUGCGCCUGGGGCUUCUCCUCCUACCUCUACGGCGAGUACGCCAAGGCCAAGAAGGUCGCCGCGGCGGCGGCGGUUGCGGCGGCGGAGGAGGAGGAGAGCGCUUCCGACGGCGAGGGCAGCGUCCACAAGAGCCUGACAGGUGGCGGCGCGGCCGGAGGACACGUCGAGACGGCAGUUUGAAGAGAACGAGCCAUGUGAUGUGAUGGGCUGGGCCGCGCGCGCGGAAACGAAGGGAGGGAGCGAGCGGUGCAACAAAAGGAAAAGAAACUGAAGCAACAAAAAGAAAUUGGCAGGAUGCGAUGCCAUUAGGUGUAGUUGAGUCAUGCAUGUUGCAUGGAUUAGGCUUACUUGCAAGGGACAAAAAUUGUUGCAUGGAUCAGUAGACCGACUGUCUGUGCUUGUAACUGAUGGGUUAGCUUGAUUUGUUCAGAGGGUGAUAGCUGUUGGUAGGAAGAGGCUCCCCUGACUUAAAGUCUGAGGAGACAUGGUCACUGACAUGUGGGCCUAUAAAGAUGGGCCCCACCCGUUAGGGUUCCAUGUCUCUAUAACUUUACGUCAGAGGAGCUCCGUCUCUAUUGGUAUGGCUGGUGACUAGUUGUGAUGGAGGGUUCAUUUAUACCGAAUCGAUAGUCCCUCCGUCAUUCUUAUUCUAGCGUUUAUUUUCAUGUUUAAAUCCGUGUCAGUUUUGUAAAAACUUGUCGUUUUAGCAUUCACUUUUCAUGUCUAAAUCCACGUCGGUUUUAUAAAUAGUUGUCGUUCUAGCAUUUAUCUUCUUA